UUUUUUUGAUACAGUACGUUUUCAACCAUUACGCAUGCGUGCGUACAUACCCCAAUCAUACUACUUUUCUGAAAUGAGGCAAAUGGAGCGUGCUCUUAAUUGAUCUAUGGAGUAUGUUCAACGCGAACAUCUAGUCGCCAUAUUGGUUCCGGUGACACGAACAUAUUGGAGCGUGUUGGGCAUGUUGGAGCAUACGACACGAACAAACUUAAGUCUAUGAUCGCUACAUUGGAUACUGGUCAUCUGCCUGCAGAAGCCAUUAAAUAAAAAAAGAAGAAAAAGAAGGAAAUCCAAUUUAUCCAACGGAAUUAAACGGGAUUUAGAGAAGAAGAAUUAUAUUGGAAGAAUUUAUUAUAUAUAUAAAUAAAUCGGUUUUGAAUAAUCACGAAAUGAUUUUUGCUUCUGUUUUGCAAAGAGUUCCAAUAACGUGUGCCGGCAAAUCAUAUUUUCGAACUAUUAGUAAAAGUUCCGAUAAAUCUAUAAAUAUUAACGUGAUGAAAGAAAAUGACUUGCCAAUCCAAAUUGAAAAUCCUUAUGUGAAAGAAAAGCAAGAGUGUAUUCUUUGUAGAUUAAACAUUGAACCAGAUUAUAAAAAUGUAAGGUUACUUUCUCAAUUUCAAAGUCGAUAUACAGGCAGGAUAUAUGGAAGACACAUAACUGGAUUGUGUAAACACAAACAGAUGAGAUUAGAACAAGAAAUUGCAAAGGCUCAAAGUGCAGGUUUAAUGGGUUAUUGGACCAAAGAACCGGAAUAUGUUAAAGAUCCAAAAUUGUUUGAUCCAAAUUAUCCAUUUAGACCACAUAAAUAUUAAACAAGUAUUAAUAUAGUAUUUACAUUGUGUGUUAUAUACAAACUUGAUAAAUAAGACAAUUAUAAUUGCAUCAAUAAAUUGCUUAUACAAGUAAAAAAAA